AUGUAUCAGUUCAGUGAGAUCCAAGAUGAUGGUGAGACGCUGCUUUCUCUCGCUGCUGAGCAUGAAUGGGAUGGACAGCUCAAAUGGGAGGACAUUGUGAAUAUGUCGCCUCCAGAGUUUAUGGAUCGCAAAGACAACGAGGGCAAAACUCCGGAAGAGGUUCGGGACGAUGCCAGGAAGCAUCGCUAUGAGCUGCAGCAGCACACGGAGGAUAUGAGGCAGCAGCAAAGGAGACUAGGCAUGGCCGAUUAUUCUUCUCCUCCUCCUUCCCCUUCUUCCUCCUCCUCGUCGUCCUUGUGUUUAGAUCCAAGUACAGAUGAUUGA